AUGUUGCUAGAACAUCCUGGAUCGAGUUGUCAAAAUCCCGGGAAUUUCUCCCGACACAGCGCAGGUCAAGAGAUUCCUGUAUGCGCGGGCUGUAAUCAACACAUCGUGGACCGCUUCAUCCUCAAAGUGCUGGACCGUCAUUGGCACAGCAAGUGCCUGAAAUGCAGCGACUGCCAAUCCCAACUAGCGGACAAGUGCUUCAGCCGGGAAGAUAGAGUCUACUGCAAAGAAGACUUUUUUAAGAGAUUUGGGACCAAAUGCGCCGCGUGUCAGCAAGGUAUUCCGCCGACGCAAGUGGUGAGGAGAGCGCAGGAUUUCGUGUACCACCUGCACUGCUUCGCGUGCAUCGUGUGCAAAAGGCAGCUCGCGACAGGUGACGAGUAUUACUUGAUGGAAGACAGCAGACUCGUGUGCAAGGCUGACUACGAAACCGCCAAACAGAGAGAGGCAGACUCAACAGCGAAAAGGCCACGAACGACUAUCACCGCCAAACAGCUCGAGACCCUGAAAAACGCUUACAACAACUCUCCAAAACCUGCCCGCCACGUCCGAGAACAGCUAUCGUCAGAAACCGGCCUAGAUAUGCGUGUUGUUCAGGUCUGGUUUCAGAACAGGCGAGCAAAAGAGAAGAGGCUGAAGAAGGAUGCAGGCAGACAGAGGUGGGGACAGUACUUCCGCAACAUGAAGAGGUCGCGAGGCAGUUCAAAAUCAGACAAGGACAGUAUCCAGGAGGAGGGCAUGGACAGUGACGCUGAGGUCUCCUUUACAGAUGAGCCACCCAUGUCGGAGCUCAGCCACUCCAACGGAAUCUACAGUGGCCUGAGCGAGUCGUCCCUGGCCAUGGGGGGCCGCCAGGAGAGCAGCCACGGCCCCUUCCCCCUAGAGCAUGGAGUCCUCCAGUCCCAGGACCAGUACCACAACAUCCGCUCCAGCAGCCCCUACGGCCUACCCCAGUCUCCAGGCUCGCUUCAGGCCCUGCCCAGGCACCAGCCCCCCAUCUCCAGCCUGGUCUACCCUGACUCCGGCCUGUCCAUCAUGACCCAAGGCGGGGCCCCCGGGCUGAACCCAGGCAUGAGAGGAGUGUUGGGUGGCGCUAACGGCCCCAGCUCGGAUCUGUCUACUGGCAGCAGUGGGGGCUACCCAGACUUCCCAGCGAGCCCGGCUUCCUGGUUGGAUGAAGUGGACCACGGCCAGUUUUGA